GCAAGGUGAAGGUGCCCAGCAGGCUGAGGCUUGUGUGCAACCCACAAGAGAGCUCGCUAACACCAGCAAGAAGGUUCAGAACAGCCUGGCUUUGGAAAGGAAUUUCAUCCUGCCCACACACUGCAUAGCAGGAGGGAAGCAUGUCUACUUUAUCCAAUUUCACACAGACGCUGGAAGACGUCUUCCAAAGGAUUUUUAUUACUUAUAUGGACAAUUGGCGCCGGAACACGACAGCUGAGCAAGAGGCCCUCCAAGCCAAAGUUGAUGCUGAGAACUUCUACUAUGUCAUCCUGUACCUCAUGGUGAUGAUUGGAAUGUUCUCUUUCAUUAUCGUGGCCAUCCUGGUGAGCACCGUGAAAUCCAAGAGACAGGAACACUCCAAUGACCCCUACCACCAGUACAUUGUAGAGGACUGGCAGGAAAAGUACAAGAGCCAAAUCUUGAAUCUAGAAGAAUCAAAGGCCACCAUCCAUGAGAAUACUGGUGCGACUGGGUUCAAAACAUCCCCCUGAUAAGGGAGAAAGGCACCAAGUCAACAUCUGACAUCCAGACACAAAGAGAUGCCAGUGCCACGAGGCUAAUCCAAAUUGUCAUGGCUUAGAAGAAAGCAAGUUCCUUGCUCUCUGUUGAGAAUUUUCAUGGAGAUUAUGUGGUUGGCCAAUAAAGAUAGAUGACAUUUCAGUCUCAGUGAUUUAUGCUUGCUUGUUGGAGCAAUAGUUUGUGCUGAAGACCUCUUUUGCUUUCUGGGCAAGUAAAUGUCAUUUUAAUCAAUAUUAGUGGUGAAAAUAAAGUCAAAUUUGAAGUAGAGUGUCUGGGCAGUGGCCGUGGGGAUAGAAAAGAGAGAUUUACAAAUCAUUGAAUCUCCUUUCUCAUGAAACAUUAUUUGUGUGUGACAAAUUCAAUUUAUAAAUAACCCAGAUGUAUUAUGUAGAAGCUGAGGCUCAAAAGCUGUCACUUGCUUACCAGACAGACAUAGGAGCAUUUAUCUAUAAUAUUAAUUCAUGAGUAUGGAGUCAGAAGAGAUGAAUAAGCAAACCAUAAGUUUACUUUA